UCUAUCUCUCUUUCUGUCUGCCUCUGUCACUCACACUCACAGUAGCUUUGGCAACACUCACUAACACACACACACACACAUACACACAUAUUAAAACCACACAAAUUCAACAGAGGUUUGUAGUUGGUCCUCUUUUUUUGGUGCUUUAGAACUCAAUAUAUUGUCUUCAUGGAGGAUUACCACAAACCUGACCAGCAGACAGUGCAGGCACUGAGGAACAUUGCCAACCGCCUCCGAAUCAACUCGAUCAAGGCAACAACUGCAGCGGGCAGCGGACAUCCCACAUCAUGCUGCAGUGUGGCAGAAAUUAUGUCUGUGCUUUUCUUCCACACUAUGAAGUACCGCCCUGAAGACCCAAGAAACUUCAACAAUGACCGCUUUAUCCUGUCUAAGGGACACGCUGCCCCCGCAUUGUACUCCAUAUGGGUUGAAACAGGUUUUCUAAAGGAGAGCGAAUUACUCAGUUUGUGCCAAGUUGACUCUACUCUGGAGGGGCACCCAACCCCUAAGCAGCAAUUUGUGGAUGUGGCCACAGGAUCACUGGGGCAGGGUCUUGGUGUGGCCUGUGGAAUGGCUUACACUGGGAAAUAUUUUGACAAGUCCAGUUACCGUGUUUACUGUCUGCUCGGGGAUGGUGAGAUGUCGGAGGGUGCUGUCUGGGAGGCCAUGUCAUUCGCUUCCUACUACCAGCUUGACAACCUGGUGGCCAUCAUUGACAUCAACCGUCUAGGCCAAAGUGAUCCUGCACCCUUGCAGCAUCAUGUAGAAAAAUAUCAGCGGCGUUGUGAAGCCUUUGGCUGGCAUGCUAUCAUAGUUGACGGACACAGCGUAGAAGAGCUUUGCAAAGCUCUGAGCCAACCAUGCCAUCAGCCCACUGCCAUCAUAGCUAAAACCAUUAAAGGAAAAGGCAUUCCAGCUGCAGAGGAUAAGCUGGGCUGGCAUGGCAAACCUCUGCCCAAAGACAUGGCUGACAUGGUCAUGAAGGAUCUGCAGAGUCGUAUCAUGAGCAGUAGCAAACACCUGUACCCACCUGCUCCUAUUGAGGACUCCCCACCCGCAAGCCUAAGAAACAUCAGGAUGCCGAGCGCACCCAGCUACAAGUCUGGAGAAAAGAUUGCUACACGGAAGGCAUAUGGAAUGGCUUUGGCCAAGUUGGGCCGCUACAAUGAACGUGUUGUGGCCCUUGAUGGAGACACAAAUAACCUCACCUACUCAGAGAUCUUUAAGAAUGAGCAUCCCAACCGUUUUGUUGAGUGCUACAUUGCUCAGCAAAACAUGGUCAGUGUUGCAAUGGGAUGUGCUGCCCGAGAGAGGAACGUUGUAUUCGCCAGCACUCUUGCUUCCUUUUUUACUCGCGCCUACGACCAGCUUCGCAUGGCUGUGAUCUCAGAGAGCAACAUCAAUCUGUGUGGCUCUCACUGCGGCCUGUCCACUGGAGAGGAGGGCCCUUCUCUGAUGGGUCUCGAGGACAUGGCUAUGUUCAGGGCUCUUCCCACAGCAACCAUUUUCUAUCCCUGUGAUGGUGUGUCUACAGAGAAGGCUGUGGAACUGGCUGCAACCACAAAGGGUGUUUGCUACAUCCGAACUAGCCGCCAAGACUGUGCCAUCAUCUAUAACAGCAAUGAGGAUUUCCAUGUUGGACAAGCGAAGGUGGUGUACCAAAGCAAGGAGGACCAGGUGACUGUGGUGGCAGCUGGAGUGACUUUGCAUGAGGCCCUUGCUGCAGCUGAACAUCUAAAGAAAGAGAGGAUCUCUGUCAGAGUCAUUGACCCCUUCACAAUCAAACCUUUGGAUGUCAAAACGAUCAUUGACCACACACGUGCUACCAGGGGAAGGAUCCUCACUGUCGAGGACCACUACUAUGAAGGUGGUCUCGGGGAAGCGGUGUCUUCAGCAAUGGUCAAUGAGUCUGGCUUCAAUCUGCACCGUCUUGCUGUGUCCCAUAUUCCCCGCAGUGGCAAACCACACGAGCUGCUGAAAAUCUAUGGCAUCGACCGUGACGCCAUUGCUCAGGCCAUUCGCAAGAUGGUCAGCAGCUCUACCAAUGCUAAGUAACUUUCUCCCUGCACCACCUACCUAUCUGAUUACACCCCUGAAGAUGAAGCUAAGCAGUCAAGUAUGUUUUCCAUUCACAUGGCACCCAGCUAUUUAAUUUUGUUCACAGUGAAUACCCCUACCUGUGUAGGCUACUAAAGUAAUGUGAUUUUGUGCUGUAAACUUUGAAGUAGUUCCAUGUCUGCCUUCCUUUUGUGUAUCUAUCACAUCACACACAGACACACAAAUCCAAACACGCAUAUCCUCACUGAUAACAGCUUUGUUAUAGACCCAGUUAAGUAAUAGAAACAUGGACUUAAUUGACACUUUCAUUUGUGGAUGCGCACGGUAAAAAAAAAAAAAAAAAAAGUCCAGUAUUACCUGUUCAACAUGACUGCUGUGUGAUGCUCUAAUGUGUUUUUAAAUACUCUUGGAUUAAUUCAACUGAAAAUGGUUUUAUAUUGUUUUACUGUAGCUUGUAAUACUGAGUGGGGCAUAGUUUUAAAGUAGGUGUUUAUUAUACAGAUAGUGUCAGAUAGUGUGUCAGAAAGAAACUAUGUGAGUUGUUGUUCGUAAAAGGUAGUAGGAAAAACAAAUAAAAGAAAUAUAUACACGUCGUUAAGAGCAGUCAUGCAGAACCACAUUUUAAACAUUCAGAUGAUUUCACUUUCAUUUUUUCGUGGUUUGGUUUAAAACUGUAUUUCUAUUCAGCAUUAUCAUUUGCUAUUGAAUUCUCAUUUACCAUAAACCAACACACCUCAGUGUUCAUGUGUGCUCUAGCUUUGCAUUUGGACCUCGACAGCAGUGUAAACUUUACACAAGGUGGAGCAGUGAAGAGCCAUCCAGUGCUGAUAGAGGAUAUAGUUGGCUGUGACUUGAAAGGUAAAUCAAUAGCUAGUUACAUUCAACUUGUCAGCCUAAGAACAAACACUUUCUUUGUUACUUGAAAUUUUGUAUGUACCAUACUUUCAUGUAAUAAAGCCCUCUGCAUUUGACUUUGACCAUUUA